ACAUGGUGGUGAUCAGCAUGGUUUAUUCAGAAAGGAUCUACUGAAGAGUUAUCCUUAGAACCAUCCAACAACCAAGUCUGAAACAACUGACUCUAAUAUGGGGGCUUCCAUUUUCCUUCCCUUGAUGUUCUUGGCCAUAUUCUCAGUAUCUUCAACCCAACCUUUGAAAACAAGUGUUUUUAAACUACAAGAGGGUCCAGAAUCUGCACUUAUUCUAGAGGGAACAAACGAAGCUAACAGUCAAAGGGGACAAAAGGAAUCGACUAAGCUGGGAGGCAGCAACAUGCAAGGACGACCAGGGCAUCCUAACCAGCCAGGAGAACCAGGGGAUUCCAAUCAGCCUGGGAGUCUUCAAGGGAAUUCAGGAGGAUCUAAUGAGGAAGGGAAUCCAGAGGCUUCUAAUGAGCAAGGGAAGCCAGGAUCUUCUGGCCACCAAGGAAAACCAGGAUUGUCCAGCCAGCAAGGGAAGCCAGGAUCUUUUGGCCACCAAGGAAAACCAGGAUCUUCUGACCACCAAGGAAAACCAGGAUCUUCCGGCCACCAAGGAAAACCAGGAUCUUCCGGCCACCAAGGAAAACCAGGAUCUUCCGGCCAGCAAGGGAAGCCAGGAUCUUCUGGCCAGCAAGGGAAGCCAGGAUCUUCUGGCCAGCAAGGAAAACCAGGAUCUUCUGGCCAGCAAGGGAAGCCAGGAUCUUCUGGCCAGCAAGAGAAGCCAGGAUCUUCUGGCCAGCAAGGGAAGCCAGGAUCUUCUGGACAGCAAGGGAAGCCAGGAUCUUUUGGCCAGCAAGAGAAGCCAGUAUCUUCUGGCCAGCAAGGGAAGCCAGGAUCUUCUGGCCAGCAAGGGAAGCCAGGAUCUUCUGGACAGCAAGGGAAGCCAGGAUCUUUUGGCCAGCAAGAGAAGCCAGGAUCUUCUGGCCAGCAAGGAAAACCAGGAUCUUCUGGCCACCAUGGAAAACCAGGAUCUUCUGGCCACCAAGGAAAACCAGGAUCUUCUGGUCAGCAAGGGAAGCCAGGAUCUUCUGGCCAGCAAGGAAAACCAGGAUUGUCUAGGCAACAACAGAGAUCAAGACCUUUUUAUACUCAACAAGAAAGAAAAAGUGUAGACAACCCUUUGAAUCACAAUCUAAAGGAGAUUCAGGUUGAGUAAUGGAAAACUGAAUAUGAACCAUGAAGGGAAAUGCUAAGUAUUUAGAGGAACCAAAUUACUUGGAACCUCAAAAUCUACUUUGAAGUCUUCUUAACAAUGGAUUUCCCUGGGAGUUUCACCGAGGUCAGCAAGAGUUCUUAAGGUGUGAUGGAUCCUGCAUUAUUUUCAAGUUUGUUCCACUGCUAAUAAAGUCAGGUCCAGACUUG